ACACCUCUAAUUUUACCUAUUUGAUAGACGCUAUUUCGCCGCCAAAAAAUUGCAAGUGUAGUUUGCGAAAAAGGUGUGGAUAUUGAACAGCAACAAUCAUUGCAGAUGCCUUCACCCAUUACCGACGACAUUCAAGCAGCCAAAAAGAUGAAAAUCGAGAAGUGUGUGUUGCGUUUCGCCAAACUAACGGAGCACGCCCUGGAGCCGGUCCGCGGCUCUGCCAAGGCAGCCGGCGUGGACCUUCGCAGUGCUUACGAUGUGGUGGUCCCGGCCCGCGGGAAGGCCAUCGUCAAGACCGACCUGCAGGUGCAAGUUCCGGAGGGCUCCUAUGGUCGCGUCGCUCCGCGCUCUGGCCUGGCCGUGAAGAACUUUAUUGAUGUGGGCGCCGGCGUUGUGGAUGAAGACUACCGCGGCAAUCUGGGCGUCGUUCUAUUCAACCACUCUGAAACGGACUUCGAGGUGAAGCAUGGAGAUCGCAUUGCUCAGUUUAUUUGCGAGCGCAUCUUCUACCCAGAACUGGAGCUGGUCGACAAGCUGGAUGACACUGAACGCGGGGUGGCCGGUUUCGGCUCGACAGGUGUCAAGGAUUUGCCAGCUGCAAAAAACAGCAACGGAGAGAAGGCACCGCCAGCCGAGCCAGAGGCCAAACCCACCCCAAUUGCCACCUAAAGAUUGUCCCGUGCGCUU